AUUAUUGCCUUUUCUGAUCGUAUUGAUGAGUUUAAGAAGUUGAAUACAGCAGUCUUAGCAGCUUCUUGUGACAGCCAAUUCUCUAUCACUAAAUCGUAUGGAAUUCUGGUCGAAGAAGAAGGAGUUCCCCUUCGAGGAUUGUUUAUUAUAGACGGUAAAGGCAUUAUCCGCCAAAUAACUAUCAAUGAUCUUAUGGUGGGACGCAAUGUUGAUGAAACACUUAGACUUGUUGAAGCUUUUCAAUUCACUGAUAAACAUGGCGAAGUCUGUCCGAUCGGUUGGAAAAAGGGUGAUAAGGCCAUCGAUGUAAAAAAAGGGCAAGAUUACUUUGCAGAAACUUACAAAGAAUGA